AUGGACUCCCUGCUGCAGAACCUCACCUACACUGACUUUGCCCUCCUCAUCAUCACGGUGCUCAUUCUUCGCAUUUUCUAUCGGGCAUUCUUGUAUCCAGAGUUCCUUACUCCCCUGAACAAUCUACCUACUCCACCUGAACGAUCACUGACGAGAGGAAACUAUACCAAGUCUGGUUCAUCAUCACAUUUUGCUCUUCUGCGGCAUUGGAAGGCAACAGUCGCCAGCCGCGGCCUGAUCAGAUAUUAUCUCCCAGGGAAUCAGGAGAGAGUACUCGUCACAAACGUGGAAGCUCUGAAGGAUAUUCUCGUGUCCAAAGCCUCUGAUUUCGUGAAACCAAAAGCGGUCCAACGGCGUCUGUCGCGCAUUACAGGGAAUGGGUUGCUUCUGGCUGAAGGAGAGGUCCACAAGAUGCAACGAAAAAGUCUCCUGCCAGCGUUUUCUUUCCGACACGUAAAGGAUCUCUAUCCCUUUUUUUGGUCCAAAUCAGUCGAGAUGGCCAAGUGCCUCGAGAACGUGGUCCUUGAUACCAAUACCAGCAACAGAGGUGUCGUUGAGGUGAGUGGAUGGGCAACACGGGCGACGCUCGAUAUCAUCGGCUUGGCCGGGCUGGGACACGACUUUGACUCCCUACAAAACCCGAAAAGUUCACUUAUGCGGCAGUAUCGACAGCUGCGACAGGAUCCAUCUCCAUUGGAGAAUGCACUGACUACCUGUCUCAUGUUCUUGAUUGAUUAUGCCGACCAAGUGGUGUCCCUGCUGCCAACCAAGCGAAUGACGCAGAUAAAGGCUGCAUCCCUGGCCAUCCGAACGGUUUGCCACGGAGCUAUUGAAGCCAAGAAGAGGGAAAGGACAUCAGGGUCAUCGGGCCAGGGAGACCUCGAUAUAGCAACAGUUGCCCUCAAUAGCAGAAUGUUUACUGAUGGCGAGCUGGUGGAUCAAAUGAUGACUUUUUUGGCCGCUGGGCAUGGGACCACGUCCCAUGCCCUUCAGUGGGCCAUAUACGCGCUCUGCAAGCAUCGAGAGAUACAGGAUCGCCUUCGAAACGAGGUUCGUUCGCAAUUGCCAUCCGUUGCUGAUGGCGGAUCGGUUCCCUCGGCUGGUCAUCUGGAUAGCCUGCUGUAUCUGCGAGCAGUUUGUAAUGAAACUCUACGCCUCUACCCUCCUGUGCCGUCCACCAUCCGAGAAGCACUGCGUGACACAACUGUGGCUGGCUAUCAUAUUCCCAAAGGCACCGUCUUUACCAUCUCCCCGGCGGUCACAAACGUGGAUGUGGAACUCUGGGGUCCCGAUGCUGGGGACUUCAACCCUGAGCGCUGGAUGCAAGAUGGAUGUGCGAAUUCAGGAGGAGUUAGUGAUGCUUUUGGAUUUCUCACCUUUCUUCAAGGUCCACGCAGCUGCAUCGGGGCCACAUUUGCCAGGGCUGAAUUGGCGUGUCUGCUUGCUGUGCUUGUAGGUCGUUUCCGGAUGGAACUCGAGGACCCCAACAGGGAAGAAGAAUUGACGCGGCGGGGAGUCGGCGCUGCACCUGCAGAUGGAUUGCGUGCCAGGUUUGACGUUAUUGAAGGAUGGUAG